UUGUACGAGAGGUGUAUUGACUGCAUCAUUUAUGACAUUUUUGUGCAGCAUUUUCUAACCCCUCGAAAUGGGAUUUGGCAGGAUUUCAGGAGUUGCACUGUGCCUUGUGUUUGUUUUAUUUUGCACAGUUCAGUGUACAACUACAAGGUAUUUCACGUUUGAAGAGGAUGCGCCGGGGACAGAGAUAGGAAACUUGUCCCAAGAUUUAAAGAUUGAUCCAGCUGAUGACCCUGACACUUCGUUCCGCUUCAUGCAAGAAAACAACUCCUCUUUGAUUCAAAUGCGGGAGACUGACGGACUUCUGAGUGUUGCAGAAAUUAUCGAUCGGGAGCAGCUUUGCCCCAGGUCUCCGCGUUGCUUCAUCACCUUCGACAUUGUGGCCUUCUCUAAAGAGAAGUUCCAACUCAUCCACGUGGAGAUCGAGGUAAAAGACAUCAACGACCACUCUCCUCAUUUCCCGCGUAAUCAGACAAAUCUGGAGAUUUUGGAAAAUGUCCCUCUUGGCUCAAGAUUCCCCCUGCAGAUUGCUCUGGACCAGGAUGUGGGUGAAAAUUACAUCCAGAGCUUCAACAUCUCCCCUAGUACUCAUUUUGCCAUCGAAGUGCGCGACAGGGAGGAUGGAGUGAAGUUUGCUGAGCUCGUGCUUGUGCGCGAGCUGGACAGGGAGGUGGAGGACUCGUACACGAUCGAAGUUACUGCAACUGACGGAGGAGUGCUUGCAAAGUCUGGCUCAAUGCUUGUUUACAUCAAAGUGCUGGACUUUAAUGACAACAGCCCCACGUUUGAGCACAGCUCACUGAAAGUGGAGCUGAAUGAAGAUUCUCCAGUGGGUCACCGAGUUCUCAAAGUGCACGCUUUUGACCCGGAUGACGGAGAAAACGGUGAGGUCAUUUACGCAUUUGCUGACGGUGUAUCACAAGAAGUUGCACGUGUUUUCUACAUCGACCCUUACUCCGGUGAUGUGACCUUGAAGGCUCUUGUUGAUUUUGAGAAAAGAAGAUCAUACGAGCUGAGCAUCAAAGCCUCAGAUUUGGGCGCUAACUCUGUGCCAUCCAGCUGUAAAGUUGUGAUAGAUAUCGUGGAUGUGAAUGACAAUGCGCCUGAAAUCAGCAUCAAACCCAUGACUUCCAGCAGUGAUGGGGUCGCCUACAUCACAGAGGCUGCAGCUUCGGACAGUUUUGUUGCUCUGAUCAGCACCUCGGACAGAGACUCCGGCUCCAACGGGUACGUGCGCAUCAGCCUGCUCGGGCACGAGCACUUCACCCUCCAACAAGCAUAUGGAGACUCUUUUAUGAUCAUCACCAGCACCACGUUAGACAGAGAGAAGAUUCCAGAGUAUAACCUGACUGUGGUGGCAGAAGAUGUGGGAAGCCCGCCCUUCAAAACUGUCAGACAGUACACCAUCCGGGUAACAGAUGAGAAUGACAACCCUCCUCUCUUCAGUAAGUCUUUUUAUGAAGUGUCAGUCAUGGAGAAUAAUAUUCCAGGUUCAUAUGUAACCACUGUUGUUGCACGAGAUCCAGAUGUGGGAAAGAAUGCCAAAGUCUCCUACACGCUGAUCGACUCAGAGGUGCAAGGUGGAUCCAUGCUGUCCACCUAUGUUUCAGUGGACUCUCUCUCAGGCUCUCUGUACACUUUGAGGUCUUUUGAUUUUGAGACUCUUCAGCAGAUCGAGCUGGUCAUCCAAGCUGAGGACCGAGGCUCCCCCGCCCUUUCAAGCAUUUCAACAAUCAGGAUCAAAGUGGUGGAUCUGAAUGACAACUUCCCAUACUUCACCUUCCCUGUCCUUGUGAAUGACACUGCCGACAUCCCUCUCCAUUUCAACGCCCCUGCUGGCUUUCUGGCCCUAAGAGUCUCUGCAGAAGACAAGGACGAGGGAAUGAACGGCAAGCUCUCCUACCAAAUUGUCCAAGGUGACCCCAAGCUUUUCACAAUAAACAAAGACACGGGAGAAAUUGCUCUAAAACAACGGUUGACAGCUGAAAUUGGAGAUGUGCUGGAAAUUAAAAUCACUGUGAGUGACAAUGCCAGGUCCCCGCUCUCUAGCAGUGCCACUAUUCAGUUUGUCGUCUCAGAGACGGAGCCGUCCGAAGACCAAGUCGUCAUUGUGCUGAGGUCAAGCGAUGAAGACGGCCCCAGCUUGGACGGCUCGAUAAUUGUUAUUAUUAUGCUCAGCGGGGGGUGUGCUUUGUUGCUGAUUGCAAUAGUGAUUGUUGUUGUCACAUGUAAACUCAGUCGAGGAGGAAGAAAGCAGGGCUCCAAGAGAGAGGUGUGCCACAGCUUGUUUGACAGAAGACCCUUACCCAUGCUGGGCCUGACAGAACCCAACAUCUACACCGGCCAGAGAGGCUUCUUCCACGAGAGGACCUCUUCUUCUCUGGAUGAAUCCUGCAUGUACGAGGAGAGGAGUGGGGACUUGGAGACAAAGAUGUUCCUGCCCUCCAAGCAUUUCCAGCCGGCUUCUGUGUGGCAAGGUGACAAAUACUGCUUGCAAGUGAGCAGCAUUGGCAACACGGACCAGCUGAGCGUGAAGGAUAGUGGCAAAGGGGACAGUGACUUUAACGACAGUGACUCUGAUAUCAGCGGAGACGGAGGCCGGAAGAACUUCAGCACAUUCCAGCCAAGGCUAAAAAGUUUAUCCAGCGCAUCUAAUAGCUUGUCUGGGGAUUGCCAAGGCACCUACAGUGCAGUACAACCGCAGAGUUUCAGAAUCCCCAGGGAAAAUGCAUACACAAUUGGCUUCUCUCCAGUGCCUGUCUUCAACAGUCCUCAUGGCUAUCCCCUCUCUUGGAAGGACUCCGGCUACGGCACAAAUCGCCCAAAAUCAAGGAGCAGCAUGCAAAGCUUCUCCAGGACAGGGACUCUUCCUUCCUACUUCCCUCCUCAGCAGCAUCAGUGUGAGGCUGCAGUCGGAGGACCUGAAGUUCAGAGGGAGAGUCCAAGUUUUGUAACAGUUGCUACAGCAUUAGAGGUUGCAACUAUCUUUUAAAAACUGUUUCAAUAAGAUGUACAGGAAGAUGUAAAAAUGUGUAAAAACUUGCUUCGGAUAACAGGGGUGUACAUAUUUGAUUUUGUUAUUCUAGAAUAUAU